AUGUUUACAAAACAACCGGUAUCGCAGGCGUUAGCGUCGCUUACUUUAUUGGAUUCGAGUGACAUUAAUACACACAAAGAAGAAGCAAAGGGCAACGAAGCGUGCUUUUCUAGUUCAUCAUCGUCGUUGUCGUCAACUUCAUCGACCGCAACGGAGCUUCGUGACUUGCACGACGAUGCGCACACCGAUGUCGUUGCGAGGCUCGACCAAAGGCCGCUUUCGGAGAACGGCGACUGCGAGUCAGAUGCUGAUUCUAGUGCUGGCGUCGGGGAGUCUCGCGAAACACGGACGCUUCCGCGAACGCCGCACGAGGUUCUGUACUCGGAGCUGGACCCGCCAGUGGCUCCCGAUUCGAGCUUGAUACGCCCCGAUCACUCGCUCAAGUCCGUUGGGUCGAUUCUAGCGUUCAUCGACGGGCUGGUGGUCGUGCAGAGCGCACUGGAACUCGCGCCCCAAGUCAGGGCGAGUCUGGGCGAGGACUCACUAUUUUGUUUCGAGGAUCGCCAGCCGCUGGGUUUCGUGUUCGAGGUGUUCGGAUCGGUGCAACGCCCAAUGUAUAUCCUGCGCGUAGAUGCACGGGAUACAGCGCUGUGCAGUAAAAUACGGGUAGGAUGCGCGGUUUACUACGUGGAGGAACUUCUCAGGCCGCUUGAGCUUGAAAAGAAUGCGAAACGUGGCUGUGACGCAUGUGACGAAUUCGGUGAAGAGCUCCACAGCUCCGACCUGGAGUUCUCGGACGAUGACGAGGAAGCUCGGGCGCGGAGCCGGCGGCGACGCCAAGUCACCCAGACGCCGCUCCUCCGCAGCAGCGGCAGCAGCAGCCUCCAGGGACGGCAAUCCAGUCCAUUUCGGAACCGCGUCUGGUCGCAGCGCCAACGCGGACGUGCUGCAGCGUCAUCGGCGAUGACCAGCACUGCGCCUACAUCAUCUGGCGCUCGUGAUCCACGGUCGAUGCCGCGGCAGCGAGCAGCAGAAACGCAAGUCGAGUCUGCAGCGCUCCGAGGACAAGCCUCGCGACGUGGUCACGGACGGCACGCCGCGGUUCGCCAGGAACGUGCACUGCAGUUCCGUUGA